AGCGGCCGAGGUUGCCGCCUUAGCGUGGCCGAGCUGCUCCACCUUGCGCUCGGCUGACAGCGCAGGUGGCGCUGCUCAGGCACCCGCAGCGCGAGCAAGGCGCGGGAGUGGGCGGCGCAGAAGAGAUGCCGUGGCCGACGGGCCUUGGCGCCCACGUCUUCGUCCUCCGCCGUGAUGCGCUCCUCCGGGUGCGGCCGGCUGCACCCACGUCGCACCCCGAGCCUCGGCUUCGUUUUGCGGUCCUGCGGCCAUGCGGUGUCGGCUCGCGCAGCUCGCGCUGCUCGGCAGCCGCUGCAGGCGAAAGCGCGAGCGCGCCUUGCGGUGCUGUUGCGCCGGCGAGACGGCGAAACGCUGCAAUCGAGCGCGGCAGCCGGCCUCGCUGCAAUGCCGCUGGCGCUGCAACCUCGCUCGCGCUGCGGCGGGCUGCACCUUUCAUGCCCGUGCCUCGCGUCGAUCGAGGGCAUCGACGCGUCGAGCGCAAGGAGACGCGUACAGUGGCGUGUCGAAAAAGUCGUCGAGACGCCGCUCUGCCGCAUGCCGGUGUCGAGCCACACCCGCUGCACCUGCAGAUGUUCUCCUCGUCGUCAGGCCUCGGCGUGCUCAACGGCAGGUGCAGGAGAGGUGUUGCAUGAUGCUCUAGCCCGUGCCUCGGCUGUUGAAGGGGGCAGAGACCCUCCAGCACGUCCUACUGAGUAGGUUCUCGGUAGGGCCCUAGCAGACGCCUGUCAGGCAACCUGCUAUGAUUUUCUAGCGGACCAGACCAGGCAACGUGCUAGGCCGUCCGUCAGCCGUGUGCUACCGUCUGUUCAGCGUCUGCUAGGCUGCUGCUAGGCUGCUGCCGGGCGCUGCGAGCUGACACGGAGCUGCUGGGGCCUAUCGAAACCCCGCUGUGUAGGACGUGCAGAGCGGCAGCAAGGGGCUGCGUGUGGGGGCGCCGAGCGCAAAUA